AAAGAGCUCAGGUUCCGUUAUGAAGAAAAGACCAGGAAGCACCUAGAGAAACUCACCUAGAGGAAUAUGCAAAGUGGAUGCAAUGAACCGUUCUCUCCGCUUUGGCAGGCAAUGCCUUCGACUCCGGGAGAGAACGUGUCGGGGCGGUUUCCCCUCUUUGACUCUUGUUGAAAUUCUGGCCUCCCACUUUUGAGUGUUCACAGUUUUGGACACACGGGAGUAACAAAGUUUUUUAUCACGCCUGAAAACAAUUUUUCUUUAGGCCAUUCCCGGAUCAUUAAACUUUCAAAAGAACGUCUUACCCACGUCUUUGACCUCCUCCCUUUCCUUUCCCACUCCCGCCACCAAUUUCUGUUUAGCUCGUAUCCUUCCCUGCCCAGUGCUAUGGAAACCAACUCACCCAGUGCCCAGCCAAAGUGUCCCCUCCCUUUCUGUCAAGGGUUUCCCCGCUUCCCUGUCCCGAUGAUCCCUCCCCUCCUGCACUUCUCUCCAGCGCCCGGCCCCCAGCACGGGAUUGGUUCUCCCACAAAAGCUGCCUCGGGACUCGGUCCCUGUGCCUAGCCCCGGGAGCAGGGGAAGGAAGAGGGAAGGCAGCCGAGCUUGGACAUGGGCUUCUGUCCGGUGCUGCAGCGUCUGAUCCUCUUUGAGCCCGUCUCUGCUUGACAGCCCCCUCGGUUACCUUUCCCCUCACUCCCUCUGUUCCGGGUGUCUCUCGAAGUUCCGGACACACGGCACUAGCCUUAGGGCAACUUUGGAAUAAGAUCUCCGUGGGCUAGAGAGGAAGAUCAGCACCGAGGGACUGGAGGACCGCCUCUCCUGGGACCCUCCUCCUUCUCAAGGGGUGGGGGGCGGGGGAGGCACCCAUGCUCCGGGCCGCCUCUGCCUCGGUCCCCGUUCCUUUUCUUGCCCAAACUCUCCCCUCAGGCACGGGAGACUGGAUCUGAGGACAGUAGAUGACUGUUCGCUGCUCUCCACUGCCCAAACGCACAGGACAGAGGUGACUCCAGAAUCUUGCCGGGUGAGGGGAAGGGCAGGAUGAACAGGCAUCCACCAAAUUUUUGAGAAGGCACAAGGCUUUGGAGAAGACUCAUAUAACUAAAGUCGUGUUUAGUUUAGCUUUUAUCCUCCUCUGGUACGUCAUGAGACUCAGGCAAGAUCCAUCUGCAAGUUUCCUCUUUCACUGGAGCCCAGAUUACAGGCACCAGAACUUAUCAGCAGUCAUUCAACUGGCAACAAUUAGGAAUGGAGAGAGCCAAAGCGGUAUGCCAGGAACCAAGACCUUAUAAGAUAAAAGAAGACUUGAAUAUGCCUAAAGGAAAACUUUAAUGGGGUUAGAAGAUAAAUCAAAGGAAAGAGCAAAUUGGGGUCUUUGAUGUGCAGCUUGCUAGGAAGAUGCUACAGUUUACUCAGUAGGACCUGAGAGUGGCCAGAGUCUGAGCCCAGCAGACCCUCCAUGGGCAGCUGGUCGUGGUCCUGGAUCCCACAGUCAAUGAAAACCUAUAUAUUAUACCCACAGGAAAAUGUUUGGAUCUUCCCACAUGAAACAAGCUGCUUUCUAUUUCACUACACAUACUGUACCAUAAUAGCUUUGGCAACCAUCAGGGCUACAUUAAGAAACUGAAGUUGCUUGUUUUAAUGACUGAGCAGGCAUCUCUGAGCCCAAAGUCAAGUCCUUUCCUGUGGAGAGUAUUGUUGGAGCUUUUGUGCUCCAUCUGGCGUCACCUUGCUCAGCCCACUGAACUCUUAAAUACUGGCUAACACCCCUUGGACCCCACAAUGGAGACGUGACCCUCUCAUGGACGAUGACCACAGUUUGUGUGAAUGGAGGCCUGGGGAACCCCCGCUAUGCCAGAUGGAAUCACCGGGAGAGCAUUGAAGACUGUGGCUGGACUGAGCGCUACCAGGGAGAUGUGGAAGGGUCGCCGCACAGGCUGACACCAUUUGAGAAACUCACUCAAGACAUGUCAAAGGAUGAGAAGGUGGUGAGAGAAAUCACACUUGGGAAAAGGAUUGGCUUCUACCGGGUUCGAGGGGAAAUUGGAAGUGGAAACUUCUCCCAAGUGAAGCUUGGAAUUCACUCCCUAACCAAAGAAAAGGUGGCUAUUAAGAUCCUGGACAAGACCAAGUUAGACCAGAAAACCCAAAGGCUACUGUCACGGGAGAUCUCCACCAUGGAGAAACUGCAUCACCCCAACAUCAUCCGCCUCUAUGAAGUUGUUGAGACCCUGUCUAAGCUCCACCUGGUGAUGGAGUACGCUGGAGGCGGAGAGCUCUUCCUGAAGAUCAGCACCGAGGGGAAGCUCUCAGAAACCGAAAGCAAGCUCAUUUUCUCCCAGAUUGUGUCCGCUGUGAAGCACAUGCAUGAAAAUCAAAUCAUUCAUAGAGAUCUGAAGGCUGAAAAUGUAUUUUAUACAAGCAAUAUGUGUGUGAAGGUGGGCGAUUUUGGAUUCAGCACAAUAAGCAAAAAAGGUGAAACACUGAACACUUUCUGUGGGUCUCCUCCAUAUGCUGCCCCAGAGCUCUUCCGGGAUGAAAAUUAUGUGGGCAUUUAUGUGGACAUCUGGGCUUUGGGGGUCCUCUUAUAUUUUAUGGUGACUGGCACCAUGCCAUUUCGAGCGGAGACCGUGGCCAAACUGAAGAAGUGUAUCCUCGAUGGGACAUACAGUAUACCUCCUGAUGUCUCCAACCCCUGUCAGAGGCUGAUCCGAGGGGUCCUGCAGCCAAUACCCACAGAAAGGUAUGGAAUUGACUACAUUAUGCACAACGAAUGGAUGCAAGGGGUGCUACACCCCACUCCCUUGGAACCCUUCCAACUAGAUCCCCAGUAUUUAUCAGAAAAAAGCACACUUAAGGAAGAAGAGAAUGAGGUCAAGAGCACCUUAGAAAAUCUGGGUAUUACUGAAGAGCAUAUUAGAAAUAACCAAGGAAGAGAUUCCCGCAGCUCAAUCACGGGGGUCUACCGUAUUAUUCUGCACCGAGUCCAAAGAAGAAGGGCUUUAGAGAGUGUUCCUAUAGUGACCCUGCCAGACCCCAAGGAAGGAGAACCCAAGAAAGCAUCCCGUCGUGUCUACCGGGGCAUACGACACACAUCCAAAUUUUGUUCAAUUUUAUAAAUUGCAUUAGACUGCCAGUAAAUUUAAACAUUGUUUUUGGAUGUUUUUAAAUUUUUCCACAAGCAACCUGAGUCAUGACAAUUUUGUAAUUUUAAAUAAACUCAAAUAGUAAUUUUAUAAUCUAUUUUUUCUUUCAAACUGAUACAGCAAUAAACCUCACUCCAACUUU